AUGUCACAACCACCUCGUCCAGCAUGGGCUCGUUUCCGUUUUAUGACUCAAGCUACGCAAAAUUUUGCAGCUCCUGCCCCAGUUACACAGCCAGCUCCUGCUCCUACUCCUACUCCUGCACCACCUCCAAUCCAACUCCUGCAGCCACGGGCACCAUUUGGUCAGCCGGCGAGGACCCCGGCAGUACCGUCUCAGGAAAGUCAGCCUCGGGAGCCUACUCCUCCACCCUCGCCGGCUAGAUCUCCACCGAGGUCUCCUGUUGCACCACCUCCUGCUGCUGCACUGGCCAGAUCUCCACCGAGGUCUCCCGUUGCACCACCUCCUGCUGUUGCACCGGCCAGAUCUCCACCGAGGUCUCCCGUUGCACCACCAGUUUCAAUUGCACAGCCAGCUCCUCCUCCUCCUCCUACUACUACUCCUGCACUACCUCCAAUCCUACCCCUGCAGCCAAGGGCACCAUUUGGUCCACUGGCGAGGACAACAACAGUGCCGUUUCAGCUAAGUCAGCCUCGGGAGCCUACUCCUCCGCCCUCACCAGCUGCAACGCCUGCACCACCUCCUGCUCCUGCACCGCCUGCAUUGGCUAAAUCUCCACCGAGGUCUCCUGUUGCACCACCAGUUCCAAUUGCACAGCCAGCUCCUCCUCCUCCUACUACUACUCCUCCUGCACUACCUCCAAUCCAACCCCUGCAGCCAAGGGCACCAUUUGGUCCACUGGCGAGGACAACAACAGUGCCGUUUCAGCUAAGUCAGCCUCGGGAGCCAACUCCUCUGCCCCCACCCGCUGCAACACCUGCACCUCCUGCUGCUGCACCACCUGUACGGGCUAGAUCUCCACCAAGGUCCCCUGUUGCACCACCAGUUCCUGCACCUUCUACCCCAGGAAGGUCUCCGUCGCCACCUCGGGAGACCACUACUUCUGCAUCAAAAUCCCCAAUCAUCAAUACAUUGCCAAAUUCUCCUGUCCCAAAAGAACCAUUAAAUCCCACAAAUCUUCGGGUUCCAUCUUCUCCAAUUCGUGAAUCUCCUAAAACAGAAAGACAAGCUCCAUCCUCUUCAAUGCCAGCUUCUCCAGUGCCAAAACCAGUUGUAACUGCAGCCCUCGAAUCAUCUCCAAAAACCGUCAAACCAUUGGAAAAAACUCCAGUCCAAUCCCCUAAUCCGAAGCCGGUAGCUCCUCCUCCAUCUCCAUUCACACUACCUCCAUCUCAAAUUAAGCCAGACAGUGAACGCGAAUCAAAGAUACCUACUAAAGUUGACCAAAAAGACGUGCUAGUGCAAGAAACCAUCGAAAAAUUACCAAAGCUAAUGCGAACAAAUUUUCAUAGCAGUAACAUUGCUUCCAAUGGAAAGCAAGAAUUACCAAAAGAAAAAGUUCCAAACAAGAAGAUUUCUGAUUCUGAAAAGUUGGGUAUGAGUGUUAUAACACUUGCAGGUGAUAACAAAGGAGCUGUAAUGGAAUUAAGUCCUUCCCGCAAUAAAAAGCAUUCUAUAACCAAUCCUCAUAGCCUUCACAAGAACGGAAAUUAUGCUAAACUUCAGAGUGAAGGCGAAAAAUCGAGCAGUGAUGAAGAAGGAAAAUCAAACAACGAGAAAGAUAAGAAGGCAAUGGUAAUGCCAUCACCACCAAUGACUGCAUAUGUGAACAGCAACGUUCAGGGAGUAAACAAUUCCAUUUUCUUCAAUGGUUCUUCCACUCAUCAAAAUCCAGGAGUUCAUCUCUCUAUCAACAGAAAGGAAAAUGUAGGCCAUGGAAUUCACCUUAAGGAUCACCAUGCAUAA